CUCGUUUUCAUUCUACCCAUGAUGACCCGCGCGCGUCUGCUUGGAUCGAGCCGCCAUGUUGUCGGUGUGAAAGCUAGGGAGCAGCUGCGAACCGGGGCUGAAAUCCGUCACCAUCCGCAUCCUCCACCUUCUCUGGUGGAAUGAGCGUAGCGUGUGUGUUGAAGAGGAAAGCUGUGCUCUGGCAGGAUUCGUUCAGCCCCCACCUGAGACUGCCUCCCCCUGACAGGCCAAUACCUAGCAUGCCUGUGGUGCUGAGUGCUGCGGGCCACACCCCCCAACCUGGCCCUUCUCCGCAGGCUCCUCCCCCUACACAGGGAGCCGGCCGCUCUCAAGAUGAUGCCAUGGUGGACUACUUUUUCCAACGACAGCAUGGUGACCAGCCCGGCUACAACAAUUGCAAACACCGCUGGCCGACCGGUGACAACAUGCAUGCGGACAACCAGGUACGAUCGAUGGAUGAGCUCAACCAUGAUUUCCAGGCACUUGCGCUGGAAGGCCGAGCAAUGGGAGAGCAGCUCCUUACCGGGAAGAAGUUUUGGGAAACGGAUGAAUCAGGGAAAGACGGACCAAAAGGGAUCUUUCUGGACCAGUGGAGGGAUAGUGCUUGGGGAACCUCUGAUCAUUCAGUUUCCCAGCCAAUCAUGGUGCAGCGUCGACCGGGUCAAGGCUUCCACGGUGUCGGAGAGGCUGGAUCCGUACUGUCUCCACGAUCCGAGAGCGGUGGAUUAGGAGUUUCUAUGGUGGAAUAUGUUUUAAGCUCAUCACCUGCUGAGAAAAUGGAUUCUUGUCUACGCAAAGGAGCCUUCGGUCCAAGAGAUUCUGAAGCUGAUGACCCUGAGAAAAGGGUGGAACCAAAACCCAAAACAACAUUUGACCCUGAGAGGAAGGAACUAAAGGAGACAGAGCCGGAUGUUUUGGAUAACCCAAACGGACUGCCCAAUCAGAACGGACUCGAUGUGGACAUCAAGGAUUUCGGUCGUAAUCCUGGUAACUGCCCUCCGCUUGGUGCAGAGGUGGAGUUGGGUGGACCAGAACUGGCUGGUGUUGUCGGCCCAAAACCAGCAGAGGAGUUCUCAAAUGUUGAAACCCAGAAUGUGACCCUGGACCCCAUGGAAUCCGUUUCCAUGGAGACUUUGCAGUUUGAUUACACUGGAGGCCAGCUGCCUCUUGACUCCACAGCUGCUACUGUUGGCCUGUUUGACUACAAUUCUCCUCAGCAGCUGUUUCAGAGAAACAGCGCUCUGGCAGUGCAGCAGCUCACCGCAGCCCAACAGCAGCAGCAGUACGCUCUCGCCGCAGCUCAACAACAACACAUCGGUUUGGCCCAGGCUGCAUUUGUACCAAACCCUUAUAUUAUCAGUGCGGCUCCACCCGGCACCGACCCGUACGCUGCUGGACUCGCCGCUGCUGCCACACUUGGUCCAGCCGUGAUGCCCCCUCCAUACUAUGGUGUGACUCCAUGGGGUGUGUACCCUGCCAAUCUGUUCCAGCAGCAGGCCGCCACCCCAUCCAACUCUGCCAACCAGCAGUCAGCUGCACAGAAUCAGCAGAACCAACAGCAAGUGAUGCGUGCAGGUGGUAAUCAAAGACCAUUGACUCCUAGCCAGGGACAACAGGGUCAGCAGACAGAGCAGCUUGUAGCUGCAGCAGCUGUGAACUCAGCGUUAGCUUUCGGGCAGGGUCUUGCAGCUGGGGUACCUGGCUACCCAAUGUUGGCCCCAGCUGCGUAUUAUGACCCGACAGGAGCUCUUGUGGUAAAUACAGGGGGUCGUGGUGGCCCAGUUCGACUUAUGGCCCCAGCAUCAGUUAUCAUCAGCCCAUCAGCAGUUGCGGCCGCUGCUGCCUCUGCAGGUGGGGCUAAUGCAGGUCUUGGAGGUGGAGCUAGCGGGGCUUUUCGUGCAUUGAGUUCUCAGCAAGGGCCUGGACAGCAAGGAAGUGGUGCUUUGGGCGGGAGCUCUUUUUAUGGGAGUGGCUCCCCAAACUCAUCCUCACAAAGCUCUUCACUGUUUUCACAAGGCUCUGCCCAGCCAGGUAGCACUUCACUUGGAUUCAAUGGCAAUCCCUCUUCUUCUCUGGGAGCCACGCUUGGAGCGACACUCGGAGGUUUCGGCACAGCAGUGCCUAAUUCCAGUUCUAGCGGGUCACGUCGAGAUUCUCUGACAGGAAGUUCUGAUCUGUACAAGCGCACACCCAGUAGCCUCACCCCUAUUGGCCAUGGGGGGUUUUACAAUGGCCUUAGCUUUAGCUCUUCCCCUGGCCCUGUUGGCAUGCCACUUCCUAACCAAGGCCCCUCCCACUCUCUUACCCCGCCUCCUUCGCUCUCAACACAUGGAUCUUCAAGCAGUCUGAACCUUGGUGGUCUGACCAAUGGCAGUGGGCGUUUCAUUUCAGCAGCUCCAGGAGCAGAGGCGAAGUACCGCAAUGCCACCACAGGCUCGUCUCUCUUCAGUCCCAGCAGCCAGCUCUUCCCAUCGUCGCGGCUACGCUACGGAAUGUCCGAUGUGAUGCCAUCGGGGCGCAGCCGUCUGCUUGAGGACUUCAGAAACAACCGCUACCCCAACCUGCAGCUUCGAGAGAUUGCAGGACACGUCAUGGAGUUCUCUCAGGACCAGCAUGGCUCCAGGUUCAUCCAGCUGAAAUUAGAGAGAGCAAGUCCUGCAGAGCGUCAGUUGGUCUUUAAUGAGAUUUUACAGGCAGCCUACCAGCUCAUGGUCGAUGUGUUUGGAAAUUAUGUCAUCCAGAAGUUCUUUGAAUUUGGCAGUCUUGAUCAAAAGUUGGCGCUGGCUGAGAGGAUCCGGGGCCAUGUUUUAUCUCUGGCCUUGCAGAUGUAUGGCUGCAGAGUGAUCCAGAAAGCUUUGGAGUUCAUCCCAUCGGACCAACAAGUCAUUAAUGAGAUGGUUCGGGAGCUUGAUGGGCACGUGUUAAAGUGUGUGAAAGAUCAAAAUGGCAACCAUGUGGUGCAGAAGUGUAUUGAAUGUGUUCAGCCUCACGCUCUUCAGUUCAUUAUUGAUGCCUUCAAAGGGCAGGUGUUCGCCCUCUCCACACACCCAUAUGGUUGUCGGGUGAUCCAGCGUAUUCUGGAGCACUGCUUGCCUGAGCAGACCUUACCUAUACUGGAGGAGAUACAUCAACACACUGAGCAGCUGGUCCAGGAUCAGUAUGGGAAUUAUGUAAUUCAGCAUGUGUUGGAGCACGGCCGCGCAGAAGACAAGAGCAAGAUCGUCUCGGAAAUUCGAGGAAACGUUUUGGGGCUCAGCCAGCAUAAGUUUGCCAGUAAUGUGGUGGAAAAGUGUGUGACCCACUCGUUGCGUGCGGAGCGAGCGAUGCUGAUUGAUGAGGUGUGCAGUAUGGCGGACGGGCCCCACAGUGCCUUAUACACCAUGAUGAAGGACCAGUACGCCAACUACGUUGUGCAGAAAAUGAUUGAUGUUGCUGAGCCUACACAACGCAAGAUUGUAAUGCACAAGAUCCGGCCCCACAUCGCAACGCUGAGAAAAUACACGUAUGGAAAGCACAUUUUGGCCAAACUAGAAAAGUACUACAUGAAGAACGGCGUUGACCUCGGCCCGCUCUGCGCUCCCCCUAAUGGCAUCUUGUAAAGCUUUCCCAUGACUAGGAUGUUUCCACACCCAACAUAGGAAGGUCUGGAUGAGAUCGCCGAAACCUUCCCAUCAUCGCAAAACCAUCUGUGGGUCAUUGUGGCCCUUUUUUUUGUCUCCCCUGUUUAUCUCUCUUUUUGAAUAUCUUGUUUUACACUCUACUACCUAAAUAAUGGUCCUUUUUUGGUCCUGUAUGUAUGUAUGUAAUGAAAGAAUAUUUGAUUUCUCCCGCUUUGGAACAUAUAGGCUUGUGCAAACACACUUUAUUGCUCAGCAACACCUUUCUAACGUGCAUAUUCUUUCAUAACACACAUUAUUGCUAACACUUGAUUGCUAACACGCAGACAUUUAGCAUGGGAGACGUUUUUGGUCUUGCUUCUAUAAACUAUUUAGUGCAUACUUGGUGUAGACCUUUGCAUAUAUAUAUAAAUAUAUAUAUAAAACUUUGUAGUUUUUCUGGUUUUUGAUGUCCAAUCUGUAUCUAUAAUCUUCCCCAGUAGUGAAUACAUACUUCUGAUUGUAUAAUUGUACAUUUGUAAACCUUCGCUAAUGUAAAUGUGGACUUGCUUCUACAGCCCUUUUUUGGUAUGAGGAGAAAACCGACAAUGGAAAAAAAUCUUGUGCAUUUCAGUGUAAAUUCUCACCUCUUUGGUUGUGGUUUUGAGUUAUGAGUUGUUAUAUAUAUUGUAAAUUGUAAUAUCAAAAUUUUUGUUGUUUUUGAAGCCCUUUGGAUUAUUACUGCAUAGAUGUACAAAGAACAGAGAAAAUGCGCACUCUGCUUUUAGCCAUUCACCAGCCACCCCUUUAUCACCUCCACUCAUCCCUUACUUUUUUUAAGGUCUUUUAUAGUCCCUCUCUCGCUCCAGGGCAGGUAGCAGCAAGCGCGUUUGUGUGUAUGUGUGUGUGACGCGUUAGACUGCCCUGGGUCCGGGUCAGAGGUGUGUACAGAUUUGCCAUUCUUUUGUCUACUUGUAAGUGAUUGUAACAUACUGGCCAUUGGUUUUUGAUUUGGAACACUUCUCCGGUGUAUAUUUAAACAGCCUUGUGUAUAUUUCCUAUGAUUCUCUUUAUGCAGGCACACUUGUAACCAUAAUGUGUAUAGGUAACAGAUUCUGUGUGUGCUUUCUGCCUGGGCAACUAUUUUUUGUAACUCCAGUUGUAGAUUGUCUCUAAACAAUGUGUGAUCUUUAUUUUGAAACAACAAUGAAAAAAAAUCAAAAUUUAAAAAA